CUUGCUAGCAAACGCAAGACGGAGCGCAGGAGCGCGCGCGCCGUCUUUUCGUACACGCGGAAAACAGCCGAGCGUGCGGGCGGCGCCGCAAUUAAUUUUUCAGGCCUCCCAUUCCCGCACCACUUUUCCUCGAGAGCAGUGGCUUUGGUGCUAUCACAUAGCUAUGGACCCUGUCUUUGUCUUUUUUCGUCUUUUUUUUUUUUUACUUCGACCCCCUUCUUCUACAUCCAUCCAUCCUGCAGCAGCAGCUUUGGGGGCGUGGGCGCGCUUGCGAGCCUUGGCUUGCGCUGCCUUUCUCCACUCUUCUUCUGCUAAAGCCGCGCUCCUUGCUCCCAGGUCCCAAGGGUCAAGGGUCGUUCGUGGAGCGAGCCAAUCGGGCAUUUCUAAACGCGCUGUUUCACCUGAUGCUUGUUUGGCCUCGUUGCUGCCUUGUCUUGUUGGCCUGAUUGUGCCUUUGCCGUGCUGUCACGAUUGUCGCUGUCCCUGUCACGCCGAAUGGAUGGAUGCUGGCUGCGCGCCUUGCGGCGUAGGGCGCUGCGUUUUUUUGUUUUUUUCUGGGGCAAGGCUGCUGCUGCUGGCGCUGAGGGCUUGCUUACUGGCUGUUACCACGUACUAGUUGUUGCGGAUUCGCUGCCGGCCUUGCUGCUCUGUUGCUGUUGCUGGUCCCUCUGCCCCUCUACCCCCUCCCCUCCCCCCACCUCCGUUUCGAGCAGCAGCUCCGCGGUGUAUUGUACAAUAGUGCAUUGCAUCGUCCGUCCGUCCCCACCUACCUAGGUGCCUAGGUAGGUUGCUGCAGCCGGAGAGAGCCAAGCACGAGAGCGAUC